CAUUCAGUCUUGAAAUCACAAAAACUAGUAGAACUUUUCUUUCCCAGCUCAAAACGAGAAGCUAAUACAAAACCGUCAAGAUGCGUAUGCUCAAUAUUAACCAAGUGGCUCCUAAUUUUACUACCAAUGCGGUGGUUGCCGGUGGUUAUCGUAACUUUGCUCUUACGGAUUUGCGUGGCAGAUAUGUCCUGCUGGUCUUUUAUCCGGCUGACUUUUCGUACGUCUGCCCCACGGAGUUGCAAGCAUUCAGCGAUAGAGCUCCGGAAUUCAGGAAUGUGGGCUGCGAAGUCUUGGCCUGUUCCACUGAUAGUCACUUUGUGCACUGCGCCUGGAUGAAUACUCCCAGGAAGAACGGAGGUUUGGGUGAGUUGGACAUACCAUUGUUGGCCGACAAGAACAUGAAGAUAGCCAGGGACUAUGGAGUUCUCGAUGAGGACACCGGAUUGGCUCUACGCGCCCUCUUCAUCAUCGAUCGCGAGGGACGCAUUCGCCAGAUCACGGUGAAUGACAUGGGAGUGGGUCGCAGUGUGGAUGAGGCACUGCGUCUGGUUCAGGCCUUCCAGUUCAGCGAUGAGUUCGGUGAGGUCUGCCCGGUCAACUGGCGUCCAGGUGCUAAGACCAUGAAGGCCGAUGCGUCCGGCAAGGAAGAGUACUUCAAGCACGCGAUUUAAGUGUUUAAUACAAUAGGCUUUAUACUAAUGUGUAUGUUAUAAAAUAAAA